CAUCCCAUUUAUUCUGGUGGCUGAACGUGCAGCCUUACAGAGAGGUUCACAGUUAGAGAAGACAUAGAGCAAAAGGCCUCAUGUGUCACACCUCUUGUCAUCGGUCACGAAGGCUUUGAGUAAUUUUCUUGUGCUCACCUCCAGGACUGUGCCUCACAUCUGUCUUCUCUUUUCCUCAUCACCUGCUCAAGAUGAUGAAGAUGUUGCUCAGGUGGACUUUUUGCAACAAAAGCCUGUCCUAAAUGUGCUCAACAGCCAACUAUGUUCUCCCUUUGAGGAGAACUUGUGAGAUACAUUGUGCUUUGCCAUACAAGGUGGUGGCUACUCCAGGCAGGCUGUGUGGGGGGGUGUCCAUGCCUGCUAACUUCAAUGGAGUCAGGACUCAUGGACCUCCACAGGACUCAGAGAUGGACAUGGCUUGGCAGGAGUUGAUGGCCAUCACAGAGCUCCAGGAGUUUGAGGUCCAAGGUGAAGGCUCCUAUGAAACUGCACAGUAUCAAUCCAUACAGCCUGUGGCCCCUGGUGGAGAGUUUGGGAUGAUUCAGUGUCAUUCAGUUCCUCCUGCUGUUGCCUGUGACCUGAGCACCACUGACAAUUACGAGGGAUGUUACUCUGAAGAGGUGCCUGCCUGCCAUCGUCUGAGCAGCAACAUGGAAGCAGCGUAUGGAAAUGCAGAUUCACAGCUGCCUCAUAGAAUGUUCCCAGUCUCCUCACAAGCUCACCCAUCUCUAAUAAACAUGGCAGGUACCAUUCAGGGUCAUAGGAGGCCCAGCACCUCUCAAGGUUUAAGUCGACACACGCUGUGCACUACACUUGGACAAAACUUCCAUGUUCACCCGGGGGAUGAUCUGGAAUCAGAUUCUGGUCUCUCACUAGGAUCUAGCCCACCUUUGGCCUCCCCAGACAAUCCCAUUGGUGCUCCACCUUACCAAAAUAUUGAUAUGCACAAGCCAUAUAGUGACUGUGAACCAGAAGGCUUCACUGAGCAUGGCAGAAGGGCCCACAUCCAUCACCCAAUGGACUACCAGAGCCAAACUCUCCCGUAUUUACACUCAGGUGGACAUGCACCUUAUUUUACACCUCAACCCAGUUUCUCUCACUCACAAACUUGUUCCAUGAAUCCUCGACCUCUUAAACAACCAGGUGCAACAGCUGACCUGUACAACAAUGCAACAGUGACCAGCAGAGGGAGCUCAUUCAGCAUGCACACAAAAACACAAGGAGGCAGUUCCACUCCUGCACUUUUGAGCAGAGAUGAACGCAGGGCUUCAGCUCUGAAGAUUCCCUUCCACUUGGAUAAGAUCAUCAAUCUCCCAGUGGAUGACUUCAAUGAGCUCCUGACACAGUACACUUUGACCGAUACUCAACUCGCACUGGUCCGAGACAUUCGGCGCAGAGGAAAAAACAAGGUGGCGGCCCAGAACUGCAGGAAGAGGAAGCUGGACAGCAUCGUCCACCUUGAAAGAGAACUGAACCACUUGCAGACCCAAAGAGAACAUCUGGCACAGGAGCGGCUGGAGUUCCAACGCAGCUUGGCUUUCAUCAAAUGUCGUUUCACAGAACUCUACAGGGAAGUCUUCUCUCAUUUACGAGAUGAAGACGGCCAACCCUACUCCAUAGAUGAAUAUUCUUUACAACUAACUCCUGAUGGAAGUAUUUAUUUGGUACCUCGUGCAAUGGAAAAGCGAGACCAAUGUUGAAUUCUAGUUUUGUUUUGAACGUAGCAAGCAACUUAACGAACAGGCGUCACAGGUUGCCAACAGUUUUUGGUUUGAGUAAACAUGUGUAACGGUAAACAUUCCUGUCCAUUAAAAUGACUGAGACCAAACAAUUUUUCAAAUGUAUAAAAAGUACUUUAUUAAAAAAAAUGAUAUAAAAAAAUAAAACUGCACAGCAGUCUUCAA